AUGAAAAUCUUUCUGCUCUCUGAAGUGCUACUGGAAUUGAAUUUUGUUCCCGCUCAUAUCCUGUUUCCCUUCCAGGUGUGUGCCUACGGGCCGGGACUGAAGGGCGGCUUCGUUGGGAAGCCCGCGCCUUUCACCAUCGACACCAAAGGAGCUGGGACCGGGGGGCUGGGUUUGACCGUGGAGGGCCCCUGCGAAGCCAAGAUCGAGUGCCAAGACAACGGCGACGGCUCGUGCUCCGUUUCGUACCUCCCCACCGAGCCCGGCGAGUACGCCAUCAACAUCCUCUUCGCCGAAGCCCACAUCCCCGGCUCGCCCUUCAAAGCCGACAUCAAGCCCGUCUUCGACCCGUCCAAAGUCACCGCCAGCGGGCCCGGCCUGGAGCACGGCAAGGUGGGAGAGGUGGCCACCUUCAUGGUGGAUUGCUCCAAGGCGGGCGACGCCGAACUGACCAUAGAGAUCAUCUCUGACUCGGGGGUCAAGGCCGAGGUGCUGAUCCAAAACAAUAGCGACGGGACCUACAGCAUCACUUACAUUCCCUCCUUCCCCGGCACCUACACCAUCACCAUUAAAUAUGGUGGCCACGCUGUGCCCAAGUUUCCCGCCCGCGUCAACGUUGACCCUGCUGUGGACACCAGCAACGUGAAGGUCUUUGGACCAGGAGUGGAGCCACGAGGUGUUCUACGCGAGGUCACCACCGAGUUCACCGUGGAUGCGCGCUCACUCACCAAGACGGGGGGCAGCCACAUCAAGGUGCGCGUCAUUAACCCCUCAGGUGCCAAGACGGACACCUAUAUCACCGACAACGGAGACGGCACCUACCGGGUCCAGUACACUCCCUACGAGGAUGGCGUACAUCUGGUGGAAGUGACUUACGACGACGUGCCGGUGCCCAAGAGCCCCUUCCGGGUGGGCGUCACCGAGGGCUGCGACCCCAGCCGCGUGCGUGCCUACGGCCCUGGACUCGAGGGGGGGCUCGUGAACAAGUCGAACCGCUUCACCGUGGAAACCAGGGGUGCGGGGACUGGCGGUCUUGGCUUGGCCAUCGAGGGCCCGUCAGAGGCCAAGAUGUCUUGCAAGGACAAUAAAGACGGGAGCUGUAGCGUCGAGUAUAUCCCAUUCACGCCAGGCGAUUACGACGUCAACAUCACGUUCGGAGGGCGCCCUAUCCCAGGGAGUCCUUUCCGUGUUCCCGUCAAGGACGUGGUGGGCUUAUGACGAAGAGUGAGAGUGUUUCCGACCCUAUGGAGCCCGGGGGCUGGCGUGAGAGCCCGGGUCCCCCAGACCUUCACCGUUGACUGUAGCAAAGCUGGUCUGGCUCCUCUGGAGGUGAUGGUUUUGGGACCGUCAGGGGCGGCCGAGCCAGUGGAAGUGCGUGACAACGGGGACGGCACUCACAAGGUGAACUACACUCCGGCCACAGACGGGCCGUACACCGUGUCCAUCAAGUACGCCGGGCAAGAAGUUCCUCGCAG